AUGUUUAAUAAGCUGCUUAGUCACGUGUUGGGUUGCCUCGACCGCCGCACCCAGCAGCUGCGGCGGCGGCGGGCGGGGGACGAGGAGGAGGGCGAGGAAGGAGGGGGGAAGGUCACCGCGCCCCCCCCUGGGUCAAGGUCACCCACCCCCUCCAGCCCUGACCUUGAGGCGGUGGCGGCGGGGUCAGCGAGGGAGGUGGAGCGGUGCGUGGAGGUUCUCGAGACCAUCGGACGCAUGCGGGCGAAGGGUCGUGUUCCUGUCGUCCUCGUGUAUAGAGAACGACGUUGCCGCACUCACCACCGCCACCAGGACAAGGGUCGGAGCAAUAAGGUUGUUUUCGCCAAGGAGAAGCGUGACUUCCUCUCCCUCAUGGGCCUACCCGGUGCCAUGAUAUCCGAAAAGGGUCUUGAUUUCACCGUUCGGCCCAACACCGCCUCUAACGAAAAGCGGAACUCCUCCACCUCCUCCACCUCCACGGACACGGGGGGAGGUGGAAGAGGAGGUGGAAGGGGAGGUGAGGGUACAGAGGGAGAGCUUGAACUUGAGCCUGACCAGAAAAACGGAGCUGUGGCGAACGAUUCGGGGCAGCUCAGCGAGGAAGAUACUCCGCGCGGGUCGCCGAAGACAACGCGCGCUCUCUACCACUACCUCCCCUUCAUCAAGAGAGGUUCCGUCAGCCCCCAGCACGACUCCACCUCCUCCUCCACACGUGCCUCCUCCACACACUCCUCCGCGCCUCCCUCCACUACUGACGAGGACGAGGACACCGCCGUGGACGCGAGAUCGACGCUAAGCUGUGAUUCCUGCUCCUCGGAUGACACGACCAGUGGCUCCGACGGCGACACGGAUGUUGAAACUGACACCGCCGUCCCCGCCGCGUACGCCCACAAGGAGUCCACCCACGCCGCCCCCACCUCCGCCUCCACCCUCAUGCCCGCUGGAGUGGGCGUGGGUGUGGCUGCGACCACGUCCGUCACUUUGAAAUUAGAAAAACUUGGCUUAAAGAAUACUGAAAGGCUUCUGACGCCAUUUUUGAGGGUGUCAAUAAGAGAUGCUACGGGCGGGCUGGCGUGGACGGGAGCGAUGCAGGAGACGGCCGAGUGGGAAGUGGUCAACCGUCAUUACCUAAGGUCCCCCUCUCCCCUGAACCUGCCGCGCCCCCUGGAGGAUAUCCCGGAAGACGGCGCCAUCUUCCUUGAGGUCCGCCACCACCGGCCUGAACGCGGCAUGCUGUCCACGCUAUGCUACACCUUCCUGGAGCGGCGGGAACUGUCCAACGGGGAGUUCAUCUGCGAGCUGUACAGCCCCCCCGUGGACUACACCCGCAAGGUCCUUAACAGCUAUACGGAGAAGGCGUUCUUUCUGCACCUCGAAAUGUGUCUCCAGGGGCCGGGGGCGGGGUCACGGCAGGGGUCCAGACAGGGGUCGUUACAGGGGUCAUUACUAGGGUCACGGCAGAGCUCACGCCAGGGGUCACGCCAGGGGUCACGCCAGGGGUCACGUCAGGGGUCACACCAGGGGUCACGUCAGGGGUCAAGGCAUGGGUCGCUCACUCCCACCAGCUGAUAUAUUACGAGUGUGUGAGGGAGAGAGGGAGAGGGAGAGGGAGGGGUGAGGAUGUGAGGAGGGUGAGAGAGAGAGAGAGAGAGAGAGAGAGAGAGAGAGAGAGAGAGAGAGAGAGAGAGAGAGAGAGAGAGAGAGAGAG